AUGCGCGUCUCCGAGGCUGAGCGCGCCGCUGUGGGUCGGAGCAGACCUCCAGAGAAGACUGGCCGCGGCCUCCGCGCGCACCUCCGCGCCCCCGGCCCUCCCGGGAGCCUCAGCUUCCCCUCUCGCGACAUGGGGCCCAUGAGGGCGGUGGCAGCCGAGCCCCAGCGCGCUGGCACGGUCUGCCGAUUGGAACUGCCCUCUGGGGGUCCCGGGGUAGAAAGCGACGGUAGCGCCUCUCCUCGUCCUCGUGGACUUGUCUGGAAUUUUACUCCCUUGGCCUGGUUUGAAGAUCCUCUGGGAUCUUCUUUAUUCUCCACCUUUCUACCCCUUCCUCUGCUGCUCUAA